AUACAUUCAAAUGCAGCUCGAGGGCAGUACACGAUGAUUAAGCCGGGUGUAAGAAGGGAUGCGAAGAAAAAGCAAUAUCCGAGUGCUCUCAUUGAACAGAUUGUCGAUGGGAUCUCUUCUCUUAUCAUCAAUUUGGAUGGGUCGGAACCAGAUAAAGUUGCACUUUCUAUCCUCAUCAAGGAUACAUGGAUAGCAGUUCUCUACGAAGACCGUCGUAAUCCACCGCGUUUCUUCCCAUUUACCGAUGAGGAACUUGAAGCUUUGUCUGGUGAGGGAAGGCAUUAUUUGAACAACUCAAUGAUCCGGAGGAAGAUCGAGCCUGAAAGUGUAGGUUAA